UUCUCAUCUGUUUUGGUCUUUUAUUUGUUUAUUUAUAAACCAGCAGCCAACCAUAUCCUUCUCUUGCAGAUGAUGAUGAUGGAUUUUAUAAACUCAGUGUUGAAUUGGGUGGUGCCUCCUGCAAGCUUGGUGACGCUGGCUUGUUCAUGGCCUGCUUUGUGCUUUAUCACUACUUGUGAAUGGCUUUACAAUUCUUUCUUUAGUGAGAAUAUGGAAGAUAAAGUUGUUAUUAUCACUGGUGCUUCUUCUGGCAUUGGAGAGCAAAUUGCCUAUGAAUAUGCAAAAAGGGGAGCAAAUCUUGCAUUGAUUGCACGGAGAGAAAACCGACUCCGAGGGAUUGCUGAGAAAUCAAGACAUAUAGGUGCAAAGCAUGUCAUGAUUAUGGCUGCAGAUGUCGUCAAGGAAGAUGAGUGUAGGAGAUUUGUGAAUGAGACCGUAAACUUCUUUGGACGUGUGGAUCAUUUAGUCAACACGGCAACUCUAGGACAUACGUUCUAUGUGGAAGAAGUUGUGGACACAUCUGUGUUUCCCCAUUUGCUGGACAUAAAUUUUUUGGGAAAUGUUUAUCCAACUUUUGUUGCUCUUCCUUACCUUCAUCAGACUAAUGGACGAAUCAUUGUUAAUGCUGCAGUUGAGAGCUGGUUACCUCUGCCAAGAAUGAGCUUAUAUGCUGCUGCAAAAGCAGCAUUGGUUAACUUUUACGAGACGCUAAGAUUUGAAUUGAAUGCUGAAGUUGGAAUAACAAUCGCAACACAUGGUUGGAUUGGAAGUGAAAUGAGCAGAGGCAAGUUCAAGGUAGAGGAGGGCGCAGAGAUGCAAUGGAUUGAAGAAAGAGAAGUUCAAGCAACCAGUGGCCUGGUAGAAGACUAUGCAAAGUUGAUUGUAGCCGGAGCCUGCCGAGGAGAUCAGUAUGUGAAGUUCCCCAGCUGGUACGAUAUAUUCCUACUGUAUAGGGUUUUUGCACCAGGUGUUCUCAACUGGACAUUCCGGUUGCUGCUGGCGACACACAGUGGAAGAAGAACUUCUGUGGUCGGCACCGGGAGAACUAUGCCAGAAGACAGCCCUCCUAGGAAAUUUCUUACUGGUUCUAAUUCCUUCGCCCAACAUGGUCCAAUGCAUAUGCAGAAACUGGAAUGAAAAGAAGCCUUUGGUUAAGUGACCAUCCUGCCAUUUGCUUCCUUGUUAGAGUUAUGGUUUAUAAACUUGAAAAAACAAAUUGUGCUUUUGGGCAUCACUUUGAAAUUUUUGUGAAAUUUGAUGAACAAGAGAAGGCUUAUUCUGUGA